UUGUUUUAGUAAGAUUAUAUUUAUAGUAAUUGUUACUUUAAAAUAUUAUAAAAAUAAUAAUAAUGGAAAGAGAAAAAAGAUAUUGAGACUUAUUUAAUUUGAUUUAAUGAUAAGAAGACAUUAUUUAAGAUUGAGUUCCUCUAUUUAAAAAAUAGCAAGAAAAAAAAUAAAAAGAAAAAUAGAAAGAAAGUAGAUGAAAGAAAAGAUGAGUGAAGAAGAGAAGAGGUAUCGGCCGUGGGCGCAUCAAAGUGCUGACCGAUGACCACGUGAUUUCAUCUCAAGUGAAUAUUUGAAAGUGCACGCGGUUAACAAAGAAUGGUUGCAAUUAUUAGUAAGAAAAGUAUAUUUCCAUUUAUUCUGUAAUCCGCAUGAUUUCGCAUACUCUUCAAUAACAAUAUCCAAUACAUCCAGCCCUAUCACUCCACAAUUGUGCUCAAAACUAACCAGGGGGUUGUGUAACAGCAACCAAAAAUUCAUUAACUUGAUUGGCUAGCAUCAUACUAACGAAACAAAAAAGGCAAAAAUGGAAAAAAUCAUAGUAGCUAAAAUGCUGCACAGUUCACCUGAUCAUUUCCAAAAGGAUGUGUCAUCUUCCAAAAAAAUCCACUCGUCUCCUAAACCAAGUCUCCUCUGGGUCUAUGAAUUCCCUUCUUCAUGAGUAGGAUCCAAAACCACCACCACCAACAACGAAGCUUAUUCAAAUAUAACACCAGGAAGAGAACCAGAUGGUGAAGAGUCCACAAAAAUCCGCCAUGUAUAUUGCCAGAGGGUUCUCAGAUCAAGGUUGGAGACUUCUCUUGUUACUAGUUCCUCCUCUUUCUCUCACUGUUUUUAUCUGUGUAUACGCUACACCCCUUAGUCCUUUUUCCACUUUCGCCCCUCUCGCUUCCUUUUUCUUCAACAGGACCGUCAAUUCCACCACUUCAGCUGAUGAUCCUUGUGUGUUGCCAUUGAAUCGAAGCCAGCCAGUGGGGGUGAGGUCGUGGAAGGAUGAAUUGUACCGAUCAAGAAUGGCGGUUUGUUUGGUCGGUGGGGCUCGUAGAUUUGAGCUUACUGGACCAUCGAUUGUGGAGAAUAUUCUAAAUUUGUAUCCAAACUCAGACCUCUUUUUGCACAGUCCUUUAGACAAAAAUGCAUUCAAGUUCUCGCUCUUGAAAGUCGCCCCCAGAAUAGCAACCGUCCGCAUCUUUCAGCCCAAACCCAUACCGGAAACAGAGGCUGAGGUCCGAGUUCUGACCGCCGCGAAUUCCCCAAAUGGCAUCCAGGGGCUAUUGCAGUACUUCAAUCUCGUAGAGGGGUGUCUCACAAUGAUAGAGGAGUACCAAACCCAAAACAACUUCAAAUACGACUGGGUUGUCCGUACCCGAGUUGAUGGCUACUGGAACGCCCCACUUGGCCCACAAAACUUCAUUGCUGGUCACUACCUGGUUCCAUCGGGCUCCACCUACGGCGGGCUCAACGACCGCCUCGGUAUUGGCGAUUUUAACUCCUCAAAGGUGGCCCUCUCGCGUCUGUCUCUCAUCCCCAAACUUGACUCUGCCGGGUUACGCUUGCUCAACUCGGAAACCUCCUUCAAGGCCCAACUCACCACCUACGGCGUUCCCUUCGUUACCAAACGCCUCCCUUUCUGCAUUGUCACGGACCGCAAGUACCGGUUCCCACCGUACCGGUUUGGUGUUCCUGUGGCAACAUUGUCGAGCCCCGGUCCGCUGAGUGGCGCCAAGUGCCGGCCGUGCACUCGAGUGUGUGAAGGGAGCUGCGUUGCAGGUGUAAUGCCAUUGCUUAAUAAGGGUUGGAGCUGGACUAAUUGGGAAAAUGGGACACUGAAGCUAUGUGAUGCUCAUGCUGAAUGGGAAAGGGGGUGGGAGAAGAUUUUUGACGAGGUAGCGGGGAAGAAACGCGCCGCUGUGAGGAAGCGGAUUUCGGGUCUGAAAUUGAAGCAAUGUGUGAAUGAUUUUAAUGAAAUGAACAGGCGGAGUUCUAAGUGGGAGUCUCCUCCGCCAGAGGAGAUAUGUAAGUUGGGCGUUGGACAGAAUUAAGAGGGUGGGGCUAAGUUGUUAGGGGGAGCCUGUGGAAAGAAAGAAACCAAGAGCGUAUUUUUGGGUUUAUGGUAGGUGUUUUUUUCUUCAUGCAAGAAGGUAGAUUGGAUCAUUCUCCUAUAAA